ACGAAGUUUUCAUUUUGAAGAUAAAUUGUAUAAAAUUUGUAUUUGUUAUGCUUAGCCUACCAAAUGUUCGUAAAUUAUGCCUUAGUAAUUUACAUUCGUACGAGAUUUUCUAUAAAAUGUAAAAACAAGUAAACACAAUUUAACAUCAAUAGUAACCUCUAAGUCAUUACAUGUAUUCCGAUAUGAAUCCUAAAAUUUGUGUUAUUUGUCGUAAUUCAAAACCUGUUAACCAGACGGACAAUCGUUUAGUAACUGAAAAUUGUGGCCACGUAAAAUGUAUGAAUUGUCUUCUGCUUGAAAAAUCUGGUUGCGUAGCUUGCUUGAGAGAGGGAAGUGAUCAGGAGUCAGGAGAAGCACCGACAGACUCCAAAGAAUUGGUUAAAAAGAAAAAACCGGAGACAUCACAUGUAAGAAUUGUUACAGUUGAAAAUGAGAAAUUCUAUGAAUGCACAGUAUGUGAGAAGAGAUUUCAUGCCCGCAGCCAAGUUGCCUAUCAUGCAUACUGUAAUGGACAGAGAAAGCCCUACCAAUGUCCCGAAUGUAACAAGAGCUUUGCAACCCAUUCCCACUUCAAGUACCACAUGCGUGUGCACCGCAAUGAACGGACAUAUGCCUGCGAUGUGUGCGGUGACAGUUUCUUCCAGAUGUCAAAGCUGCAACGUCACAAACUGAAGCACACAAAAGAGAAAAAAUAUGCCUGUACAGUUUGUACCAAAGGUUUCAACAACUUGACCUCACUGCGUAAGCACAGUUUGACACACACGGAGGAACGGCCGUACCAAUGCAGCGCGUGCGGACGUCGCUUCAGAGACGGCUCCAAUUAUAGGAAACAUGUUGCCAAACAUGAGAUGAAGAAGUGCGGUUGUGAGGGAUGUGGUAGGUCGGGCGCGUGCUGCGUGCAGCCGGCAGCGACGCGGGCGCUGCGCUCGCACCAGUGUCCGCGCUGCCCGCAGGCCUUCCACUCCGGUAAAGACAUGAGAAGACACGCUGCCGUGCACUCCGAUUCGAAGCCAUUUCGUUGCAAAGUGUGCAAUAGACGUUUCAGAAGGAAGGAUAACUUGGAGCGUCACAUUAGAAACACCCACCCAGAGUACGUGCCCGCCACCGCUGUUGAAUGCGACGAGGGCGUUCUCAAACAAGUCGCAAACACGAACGGACAAACUGAACAACAUAUAGAAACAAAUGGAGCGACCGAAAUAAAUAAACUAGAAAUACUCGAACAACUACCACUUUUAACGCAAGAAGUCAUAGAAAAACAUAUGUAUAUUGAAGUGGAUAUUGAUACAAAAGAUUGUAAAGAUGAGAAACAAAACAAUAAAGAUUUCAUAGACAAAUCGUAUAUUCUAGAAGCUAAUAAUGCAAGAGAAAGUGUUAUAGUCGAGAAGAGGAAUGCUGAUAGUGAGAAGAAACCGGCCAGUCCCGCCCCGGAGUAUGGCUAUGUGCAUAAAAUAAGACGGGCUAACUUGAUGAGGACAUCCAAAGAGAUCCCACUCCCGCCGAUAGAUGAGCAGAAGAUGAUGAAAUUAAAAGAGAAUAGUGACUUGAAUGAGUUCCAUUCGAGGCCGCCCAUAAAGAAUGUGGAGCUCUACAAAAUGAUACUGACCAACGAUAAACAAGUGUUGAGUCAAGUGUCGCCGGGCGCGGAUACGGAGGCGUGAAAUAUAAUGGAAAUGUUUGGAACUAAAGGCUGAAUGUGGUGAUUUUAUGCAUGAGACGGAUACAGGAAUUACUGCUAUGUAAAAUCAAUUAAAUCGUUUAUCUAAAAACACAAAAUAUCAAUGAAAUGGUAUAAUAAAAUACUGCAAACAUAUAUAAUUUUAAAUCUUUAGUUAACUCAAAAUGGAUUACACAUGUAAGUGUUUUUUUAUUUUUACUAUAUUGAAUACUUUUAUAUAUGUUUGAUGUAUAUAUGAAUUUUCCAACAUAUAAACUCGUCUUACCGCUGGUUUCUGAGACCAAAAUAUCUGUAUAAAACAUAUCGUCAUCCCUAUCAUUAUGUUUGACAAAACAGAGAUGACAAUAUGUUUUAAACAGAGAUUUUAGAGUCGGAAACACACGGUUAGGCAUUUGUGGUAAAGUUCGUAUUAUGAUUGUUGUAUGAAUUUGUAUGGGAUAUAAUCAGGAUACAGAUAAAAUAAAUCAUAAUGAUGUGUCUUAUUGGGCUUAUAAAUGCAAUGUUUAGUUAUGAAAUGUCAAAUGUUUAUUAUCUACAUUACAUAAUAUAAGGAUCCUAAAAUCAGUCAUAAAUAUUACUAACAUUGUUGCUUUUAAGAACGUCCAAGACGUAUGUAGUUUUAAGGUAUAUAUAGCUGUGAACUUUAUUAUUUUUAUAUACAUAAGUGUCCAGUGAGAUUUAGAAACGUUGUUAUUUUAAAGUUUAUCUGGCUGGAAGGACCAAAAUUUUUAAAUUGGUAUUUGAUCUCAUUUGAAUUUGGAAUUUUUUCUUUUUUAUUCGAAAUUUAUUAUUAAUUAAUUAAAACGGUAAGUCGUCCGUAGAAUAAUAAUGUUUCUGAAUCUAUUCGUCAGUUGAUUGCAUUUAAAUAUAUUUGUUCCUUAAAAAGGUUACGGGCAUUCUGUAUUAUAAAGGACAAGUUUUAGUUUUGUAUUUGAACAUAAUAAUUUGUGUUACUUAUUUUUCUAUUUUUUUAUAGGAUAUUUUUUAGAACAUCACAAAAAUGCCCUUUAUUCAAAUAAAUACUUAAUUCAACACAAUGUUACCAUGUAGUAAUGGCAAUAAUCAGAAGACUGUAUUUGAAAAAAAAAACAUUGCCAGAGUAGAAAUUUUUUUUCACUCUAGGUUUUAUAUUUUCAAUGAAAUUUUUGGGAUUUUGCGUAAAGCUUCGUCUGCCAAAAAAAAAUGUAUGUGAUAAAAAAAAAUUGUAAACAAUUUCGCGUUUGUGAAAAGUUAUAGAUUUAUAAUUACGACUGAUGUUUGUGAUCUCUUUCAUAUGUUGAUCUCAAGUUUAUAAUUUAAGGUAACGCAACAUCUAUAUUAUCGGAUAAAGAUUUUUGUAACGUUCAAAAUUGAAUUAAUCGAAUGUUUGAAUAUUCAACGACUAUUGCAGCUUGACUUGGUGACUUCAGAAAGUUUUGUAUACGUGUUUUUCAUUUAAAUAAAUGCAUUAA